UCCAAAUAAUUCUGAAAUUGAAAUUGAUUCCUCACAAACUUCACCAAAAUUACCUUUGGUAAAAGAUAGUGAGGUUUGGAAAUAUUUUAUUAAAGAUGUUAAUUAUAAAACAAACAAAAAGGCCAUAUGUAAAUAUUGUAAUACAUCUUAUAUUUGUACUGGAGGAA